CUGCGGCUGCCGGAUAAUCUCCAGCUCUCAUUCAAUCCAACGGCUGUCAUCAGACAUUUAAAGAACACGUGGCGAGAUCGUAGUAGACAGAUCACAAUCACCGAAAAGCCCUCACAUGGAGAUGUUUGACCAUGGUUAACAAUUAACCGAACCAGAGUUGGCUUGACCUUCCCCUAUCCUUCUCUCUCUGCUCCUUCUUCUUCCUCACAAUCUAGUAAUCUCCGUUAAUGGCGCCUCAGAUCUGUGCCUCCGAUAUUUAAACUCCUUCUUCAAACUCUUUCGAUUUUCUCAGAUCUCUCGAGUUUUUCUUUUCAACGCAAAUGUAUAAGCGAGCGGCCUUAUCGUUUCCCGAGGAAGUUCUGGAGCACGUGUUCUCCUUAGUCCACGUGGACAAGGACAGGAACUCGGUGUCUCUGGUGUGCAAGUCGUGGUACGAGAUCGAGCGGUGGUGCAGGAGGAGAGUCUUCAUCGGGAACUGCUACGCCGUGAGCCCGGCGGCGGUGAUACGGAGGUUCCCGAGGGCGAGAUCCGUGGAGCUGAAGGGGAAGCCGCACUUCGCGGACUUCAAUCUGGUGCCGGAGGGGUGGGGAGGGUACGUGUACCCGUGGAUAGAGGCGAUGUCGGCGUCGUACGCGUGGCUGGAGGAGAUAAGGCUGAAGAGGAUGGUGGUGAGCGACGAGUGCUUGGAGCUUAUAGCCAAGUCGUUUAAGAAUUUUAAGGUGCUCGUGCUUUCCUCGUGCGAUGGAUUCUCCACGGAUGGGCUCGCUGCUAUCGCUUCCACUUGCAGGAAUCUGAAAGAGCUUGAUUUGCGUGAGAGUGAUGUCGACGACGUUAGCGGGCACUGGCUUAGCCACUUCCCUGAUUCAUACACUUCUUUGGUAUCGCUCAAUAUCUCAUGCUUAGUCUCCGAGGUCAGUUUCUCUGCUCUGGAAAGGCUGGUGUGUAGGUCUCCCAACCUCAAAUCACUUAAGCUUAACCGAGCUGUUCCUCUUGAGAAGCUGGCUACUCUACUUCAAAGAGCUCCUCAGCUGGAGGAAUUUGGCACCGGUGUGUACAGUGCUGAAGUGCGUCCGGAUGUGCUCUCUGGUUUGUCUGUAGCUAUCUCUGGGUGCAAGAAACUGAAGUGGUUAUCUGGGUUUUGGGAUGCUCUUCCUGCGUAUCUUCCUGCAGUUUAUUCGGUUUGCAGUGGACUUACAACUUUGAACCUGAGUUAUGCAACAGUCCAGAGCUAUGAUCUUGUCAAGCUUCUUAGUCAAUGUCCUAAAUUGCAGCGCCUCUGGGUGUUGGACUACAUCGAGGAUGAUGGUCUUGAAAUGCUUGCUCUAACCUGCAAGGACCUUCGAGAGCUGAGGGUGUUUCCGUCCGAGCCUUUUGUGAUGGAGCCAAACGUUGCGUUGACAGAACAGGGGCUUGUCUCCGUCUCCGCAGGCUGUCCGAAACUAGAGUCGGUUCUCUACUUCUGCCGUCAAAUGACCAAUGCUGCGCUGGUAACCAUUGCUAGGAACCGUCCCAACAUGACCCGCUUCCGAUUGUGCAUCAUUGAGCCGAAAGCCCCUGACCAUCUGACUCUAGAGCCACUGGAUGUGGGAUUUGGAGCCAUAGUGGAGCACUGCAAAGAUCUCCGGCGUCUCUCCCUGUCGGGGCUGUUGACCGACAAGGUCUUCGAGUACAUUGGGACGUAUGCAAAGAAGAUGGAGAUGCUCUCAGUGGCGUUUGCAGGAGACAGUGACUUGGGGAUGCAUCAUGUUCUGUCAGGGUGCGAGAGCUUGAGGAAGCUAGAGAUAAGGGACUGCCCCUUUGGAGACAAGGCGCUUUUGGCAAAUGCUUCGAAGCUGGAGACAAUGCGAUCUCUUUGGAUGUCUUCGUGUCCCGUGAGUUUUGGAGCCUGCAAGUUGUUAGGACAGAAGAUGCCAAAGCUCAAUGUGGAAGUGAUCGAUGAAAGGGGUCCGCCUGACUCGAGACCCGAGAGCUGCCCUGUUGAAAGAGUGUUCAUAUACCGAACAGUGGCGGGUCCUCGGUUUGACAUGCCUGGUUUCGUCUGGAACAUGGACCAACAACACUCAGCAAUGAGGUUUUCCAGGCAAAUCAUCACUACUAACGGGUUAUAGAAAUAAACGAGGUACAUAUUUUCAUUAAUCCUUGUUCAUCUUCUCCUAUAUAAAUUGUUCCUGUUUAGGAAUACGAGAGAGAGAGAGAUAGCUCGGCCUCCAUUAAUUUAAUUAUGGGCUGCUGCUUCAUAUAACCAACCAAGCUCAGGAUCACUGUAAAAGUGAGGAGAGAGAGGGAAAGAGAUCUGAGAGACCUUUGUAUUUUUAUAUUGUUGUCUGUAUGUUUGUCUACUUAGUGAGAGAUCCUGGUGAGGAUAUUAUUUUCUUCGAGAGGAUGAUAAGAGAUUUUUUAAAAGACGAUUGCCAAAAAUGUAACUGUUCUACUUGUUUGAAUCUUUGUAUCAUUUCAAAUGUC